AUGUUUACUGGCACUGGCCCAAACACGCGGUCAAUUCUUACGAUCCCUCGCCGCUUGGUGGUGAAAGACCAAACUACCAAUCAGUGGGCUCCCGAGGAGACUAAGCACCUUCGUGAUAAAACGACGAACAUGCUGCAACCCUAUAUUUUCCUGAGUUUUUCGCGGGCCAAUUAUUUUGGCAAAACAAAUGAGGAAUUACGAAAGAUGCUCUAUAAAGUGGCGGAACGCAUGCUUCAGUACGAGAACCUUCAUAGAGACCCGCAGGACCCUCCGCUAGAAGCAUUUUGGGUAGAUUUCCAUUGCGUCUCGGGCGAUAAGAGUAUACCAGCUGGUUUGGUCCAAUCAGAAUGUACUCGAGAUGUCAACACGAUUUGCGAUGCAGUCCGUUGUGCGAAGCGAGUAUAUAUAAUUCUCCCCAGCGAAAGUGGAAAUGACAAAGAGAUAUGGGGCAAACGGAUAUGGACAUUUCCGGAAGUCCUCCUCGCUGCGAACAAAAUCCGAUACUGCUUCACCCAUUCUUCUUCUAUGGCUUCGUUCACGCCGCAUGAACGUAAGCAAGAUGAUCAGGAAUUGAAACACGAAGACGCCAUAAGCUACCUCGUCAAGCAUUAUACCAACAGCCUUCAGCUGAGCGAGUUGCAAUUGAUCACUUUCGCUGUCCAAGCCAUGGCGACACAGACAACUAGCAUUGACAUCAAGGGGUACACGACCAAGGAUAUGGCCUACGCUGCGAUGGGGCUUUUGUCAUAUCGGCUUAUCCCCAAUGAUUCCGAUAACGUCUUCCAGGCCAUUGCGCGACUAUUCAUUAUUAACGAUAGCAAUCAACUGCUUGAGCGUCUCCUUUGUCUGUCGCUGUUCCCGGAGAAGCCCCCAGUGGAGACACCGUCUGGAUCGGGCUCAACUGGAAAUGAGACGAUUCUUUGCAACAUCGCAGAUGAAGAUCAAUACUGUACUCAUCUUUGGGACAUCAAACCGCUCUGUGAUGUGGUUGGUAUUGGCGACGAUCUAUACGAGCCCACCGUCAUCGAGAAACCCAACACUGUGGAUGCGACCAUUACAGUGGAUAUUACCACUCAACUGAAUGUGAUAUCCAUCGCGAACACGCUUCUGGAAUAUUAUCUACUUGCUAUUGCUCUGUACUUUGGGGUCGCCUGGAUCAUAUCCUUGUUCAGUCCUUGGGCAGUACGAAAGCUCUGCAGCAAUAGAGAUAUGGAAUCCCCCAAUCAUCUUGUCGGAUUCGAAGGCACGAUGCGAUUGCGUGAACUCGAGAAAAUUAUUUACGGUAAUUUCAAUAAUCGCCUAUCGCAUGCGGCCUCAUCGACUGUCUUCUCUCGGACACUCCGAGACACUGAGCUUCGAAUGAGCAGAGAACCCAAUGAACCGGAACGCGGUGAACCCAGCUAUUGGGAGACUGAGGUCAAAAAACUUGGUCUCCCUAACACGCACCGUAUCUUCACUCUUGUGAACACAGGCAAUAUGACUGUGUCAGUGAUUUCCGCCGAGCGACCACCUGUCGUGGCCUUGUUGUGCGGGCGGGAGGGCGGCAUGCUCCGGGUAUUGCUGUGCAGCUGGCGCUUUGAAAAUAACUGCUUGUGUCGUCAGGGUGUUAUUCGCAUGCGCAGCUCUCUUGAAGAGCAGGCUACACGUAAUGACUGGUUGAAGAUCAGCUUGGCAAGCCAAGGCGAUGUCAACCAUACCCGAGUAAGCGAAAAAGCCAAAGAGAGGCAGGCCCCUACCUCCUACCCUUCUCCUCCUCGGCUUUAG